GACCAGCGUGCAGACGCUCCUUAGAAGUGUCAGAGUGUCAGAUCCGUCCUAGCGAAUCUGAAGUCGAUCCGGAUGACACAACAGAUACAACAGAUCCAGUCGAUCCAGUGGGACUGAGGCACCGCUGCUCUGUGGUUUCUGCUGGGCAUUUCAGCGCCAUAUAAGGAGAAAGAAGAGGAGGGGGAAGAGGAGGAGGAGGAGGAGGAGGGAGAAGAGGGAUUUAAAAAAACUGCAUUCCUGUAAAAAUUAUUAACUGGCGGAGAGAAGGAGGAGGUCGAUAAGUAGGAACCGAUUGAUCAGGGUUGCAAAUUUUGCACGGUGAAUGUCAGCGAAGCCUCGUCUGCUCAGCGCGCUUCAUUUCUUUAAGGUGAGAGGAGCGUCAGACAGCGUGUCUGCAGGUGCCACACAAUCAGAUUCAAGUGCAAGGGACAGCAAACAGGCAGCAUGGAGCUGAUGAAAAUUGCAUUGUCCCUUCCCAUUCUUCUGUGUCCCGCUUGGGCCUUAUCCCAUCACUCCUACCUGGACGGCAUGCUGUCGCCUCGCUCAGCGAUGCAGAGGGGCGUCGUCCCAGCCCUCAGGUUCCUGGAUGAGGCGUUGAGGUUUGACCCCUGUUGUCUCAUGUCGCCUCCUCCACCGCCGCUCUUCCCUCCUCCUCCUCGGCUUUGGAAGAGGGGCACGCCUGACACACUGAGCUUAUUGGAACCAACCGUUUUCGGAGGUGAAGGGACAGAUGAUACGCAUGUAACUCCAGAGUGUUCACCAGGACCCCCAGGACCUCCAGGACCUCAGGGUGAAAUUGGAUUGCCUGGUAUAAGGGGACCAAAAGGGAGAAAGGGAGAAAUUGGACGUCCGGGGGCAAGGGGCCGUCCUGGCGCUCCCGGUCCUCCAGGGACUCCAGGAUUUCCAGGAUUUCCUGGACCACAAGGACCCAAAGGAGAAAAGGGAGACUCAGGACUCAUGGGUUUACCAGGGCUGCGAGGUCCACCGGGAACAAAGGGUUUACCUGGUUACAAAGGUGACAAGGGGGACCGAGGCGACCGUGGCUCUGGAGGACCAAAAGGGGACAAGGGUUCAAUUGGUUUGCCUGGGAUGCUUGGACAGAAGGGUGAGGCGGGCCCAAAGGGAGAGCCAGGUGUUUCUGGGAAGAGAGGACCAACUGGGAGACCAGGGAAAAGAGGCAAACAGGGUAUCAAAGGACAUUCAGGGGCCCCAGGCUUCAUGGGACCCCCAGGGCCUGCAGGUCCCAAUGGCCUCCCUGGCCCACCUGGGCCUCCAGCAUCAGGUCUGUACUUGGUGGGGGAGAAAGGAGAGAAGGGCCUCCCGGGCCCGCCAGGCCACUGCGACUGUGAUACUGUAAUUGGAUCAAAUAACGCCCCCUUUGGAAACUACUACACAACGCGACGGGGCGGCAAUAAACUCACUGCCAUAUUUGUGGUGAACAGUGAGGAGGAGAUGUCUCGCCUUCAUGUCGAAAACGUAAUCGUACUAAGGAAAGAUAAGCGGAUGCUUUACUACAAGGAUAAAGACGGCUGGAGCCCCAUACAGCCCUUUCAGCCAUUCCAGUCCACGGAGACCGUCCCAGAGAGAGUAGGUGUGUGUGGGGACGGGACGGUGCAGGUCCAGCACGGGGAGGAGUGUGACGACGGAAACCAGGUCGUCACAGACGCUUGUCUCAAUUGUAAGUGGGCCUACUGUGGAGAUGGAUACCGACAUGAGGGUAUAGAAGAGUGCGACGGGAAAGAUUUUGGUUACCAGAUUUGCAAAUCCUAUCUUCCCGGGUCCUCUGGCCAGCUUAAAUGCACUGAGUCUUGCCUCAUUGAUUCUACCGGCUGCAAGUACUUCACCUGAAUACAGAAGGCCUCCCUGAAUGACGAAAUUGUACUUCAGAUUCCCUCUGGAGUAUCGAAACUUUGAAACCAACAAGUGAUGCGCUGAAAGACUGCACUAAAGCGAAGCUGAUGUGCCCGCUCCGAGGCAUGAAAAGUCAUGGAAGAAUGUUUUCUUUUUUUCAACUGUAGUAGUACUCUCCACACCUUAAGGUUUGGUCUUGAACAUGCCUCUGAGAACAGCUCCAUGGGCUGCAGCACUGUUAGAAAAUCAUUAGAGAUGGAGGGGGGGGGUGAACAUUUUAAGGAUGUAAUGAUUUUAACAUGUCAAAUACUUACACUGUUUAAGACGUGCUGACUGUUAAUGCAGAAAUAAGCUAUGUGCUCUUUCCUACAAGACAUUAGAAAAGGGUUGUAUUGUAUUGUAGUAUGCAAAUCUAAGGCGCCUGAAUGUUCUUACUCCUGUGCAAUGUAUAACAAAACGCGUGUUUAUUAAUUGCAAUGUUGUGAUAUUGCAUGCAAAUGUGUAUAAGUGCACAGCAGACUGCUUUAUCUGUUCAAAGCUGUAGCCAUAUUGUGUCCCCUCUAGCAGAGAAAUUGCAAACAAUCCGACAGGAAAACACGAAUGUCCUUUAGCAAAAACAUAAGAAUAACAUACGGUUACUGAAGCAGCAUGAUGUAUGAAUGUAAGUGUGCAUUUGAUACAAUAAUUACAUCAAUAAAGACUUGAUCUUCA